UCGAAGGUGCAAAGAGAAAUAUGGAGCACCAGGUGCAGAGAGCUCUAUGUAGUGUAGGUCUUACUUCUUAAAGUUAAUGCGUAUCUUUGACUGCUAUGGCUCAGGUUGUGAAGUACAGUUUUACCAUUCUGCAUUUCUCGUUCUCAAAAAUGGAUGAUCAUGACUCUAACUGUUUACGACCGGAAGAAAAUUUUGGAAAUACAAACAACGGUGAUGUGUUAGGCAACGAAGGAAGAAAACUCCUGAAUGCCUGUGUGAAGGUCAAGAUAUACGGCAAACCAGAAACACGCAGAUAUGACCGAGAGACAGCAUUAAAGCGGCUGGAGGGUUGUAUUAAGCCAAUGAAACCUUCUGGAUGUUAUUCAUGGUUGUGCAUUAACGAGCUCUUAUUACCCACUGAGGUUGAUCGAAAUGGGAAUCGUACUGAUUAUAACGAGACAUACACCAUUGCUGAUAUUCAUGCCGCACUUGUAAAGCUUGAAGACAUUCCCUUUGUUGAAAAAUACCCCAAAAGAGGGCCUGGUUCGGAGGAGACGAGGGUGUUGAUCGAUAAACGAAGAGAUGCUGUUGAAAGAGAGUUGGAGGAAGCUAAAGCUAAUCCAGAUGGAAGACAGAGGUAUUCUUUUACGGUUGCACAGCGUAGAGUCAGGGAUUGCUAUGCUAACAACUUGGCAGGGAAUUUUUCCACCAUGCGUCCUCAUAUACCCAUGUCACGUACAACCACAUACAAUAUUAAGGCUAUUUAUGAGGCAGUUAAUUUCCGCAAAAGACAAUGUAUCGAAACAAGCAGUUUCUCGGAUGGACCUGUGUAUGAGAAAAUACAUGCAAGUAGGGUUAGUAUUGAGAGAGAAUAUGAGAAUGCUAUGGCUUCUACUGACACUGCUCACAGAUACAACAGAGAUGAAGCAGAGGAAUGUUUGAGGAGUUGCUACUGUAGUACAGAUGAUCCUUUUCAAGGACGUCAUGCUGUAUUUCGAGGGGAGGUUGAUAUUUUUGAACUUCGUAAGGCACUAUGCCUUCAUGAUGAAAGCAGAACACUACCUUAUAAAUACCCUGAAAAAGGGCCUGGAUCUGAAGAGCUAAGGAAGUCAAAUGAAUUGAUGAACACAGAGUCAAGUUGAAAGAAGAAUAUGAGACUUGUUCAGCUUCUCAUGCUAUUGGACAGAAACCCCAUGAAUAUUCCCGCUCUGAGGCAGAGCACAGAGUGAGAGACUGUUUUGCAGGUACUUUUCAAGAAGAUGAUGACAUGUUUCCCAUAAAGAAAGAUCAGAGUGGAAUGCCAAGGUUUUACCAAACAUUUGACAUCUUUGACAUAAAACAAUCUAUUGAAUAUUUUGAUGCUAAAAAGUUCUUUAACGUGCAGAAGGACGAGCAGAUUCUGAAGAAUUGAAAAAAGAGGCUGAUGAACUAGGAAUAGUAUCUAAGAAGAGUACGAGGUGGCUAUUGAUGAAAUUGAGCAUGGCUCUGGAUUUCUCAUCAGCGACCACUUUAUACUCAACAACAAGCAUGUGAUUGAAACCUAUCUAGACGAUGAAAAUAGUGUUAUGCAAUUUGCAUUUCCAAUGCAGCCAUUGGUGAGCUGCAUUGUGAGGUUGCUCACAGUGAUUCUGGUAAGGAUCUUGCUUUACUUUAUUGUCCAGCCCUUAAUUUGCCACAAUGUAGAAUUUCUCCAAUGCAGUUGUCAACCCAGCCAUUGCUGCUAGGAAUGCAGAUAUUUUCAUUUGGUUAUCCCAUGAGUGACACAGAAGAAAGUGCUCUUUUGGUGACUGGGAAUGUCUCUGGUUCCAAGAGGAACCCAUCAGGCCAUUCAAUGGCAGUGCUAAACUGCUCACUAAAUUGUGGCAAUUUAGGUGGGCCAGUUCUUUCUUGGGUUAAUGGCCAGGUAAGGGUAAUUGGCAUUGCAACUCAGAAACAUUUUAAACAGAUUUUAAUACUGGAUGAAUUGAAAAGAUUAGAAAAUCAUUACAAGCCUAUGCUAUUAAUGAUGUGUGAGAUCAUAAUGUAGGUUAUCUCUAUAUUCAUGGUACAUCACUAACCCCCUAUCAGGUUUCAAUACAUCUACUCACAUUGAAACUGUAUGAUGCUUUGGAAACACAUUCUCAAUUCAAUUUAAGUAAUGCAUUGCCAGGAGAUGUAGUGGUUGAGUUUAUCAAAAACUUCAUACCUGAAUACAAGGGAGAGCAUAAAGAAGAGUUGGUCAAAGUAAUUGAAUUGUCUCAGUGGAUCAAUCAAACACAAAUUUGUUUGCAGGUCCUUCUUUAUGAUAAUAUAUCUGAUUUUUGUAAGAUUGUUGUUGUUAGACAAUCUCUAGUUAAAGAUGAGGAACAAUUUUUCAGGGAUAGGCCUAUGUUUGGAUUUUUUAGAAUAAUUGUAGGGUGCCUUGAGGCUCUUGAAAAAGAAAUGUUUUUGAUGUAAAACUGGUUCUUUAUUUUGUUCUGCAACUCAAGCAUCGUUAAGCAAUAGGUCACACUUACUAUUAGUUUCAACAAAGUAACCCAGGCAGGAAGUUGGGAGAGCACCAGUAAGUCAGAGGCAAGUGAUUCACAAACUCUCCUUGGGGGGGUGGGGUCUUUUCCCAACAUUCCAAGUGGGUUAUUGUGGCAGUAUACUAGUAGAAACUACAGUUUUUUGCUUUAUGAAAUAAAAUUAAAUGUGCUAUGGGUUUACUGGCACAGUAAAUGAUAUUUUUUUUUUACCAAUCAAGGCACUCACAGUAUUUCUGUUAUUUCAUUGAAAUGUGUAGGACUAUUUUCAUAGUUUCAUACUGGCACAAUAAAUG